AGAACCUCCAGGUCCACAUGGAGCCUUACCUCUGGAAGACCCGCCCCGACGGUGUCAAUGUCAUCAACAUUGGCAAGACCUGGUGCGUUGGAUGAAGCUGCUGGCGAAAGCGCAAACCGCGACUUUUCGCAGCCUCGAAAUUUCCGAGAGAGCAUUGUCUGACUUGGGAUUCGCGUUUAGGGAGAAGAUCGUCCUUGCUGCCCGCAUCAUCGUCGCCAUUGACAACCCCGCCGACAUUUGCGUUAUCUCUGCCCGUCCCUACGGUCAGCGUGCCGUCCUGAAGUUCGCCGCCCACACUGGUGCCUCUGCCAUCGCUGGUCGUUUCACCCCCGGUAACUUCACCAACUACAUCACCCGCUCGUUCAAGGAGCCCCGCCUCAUCAUCACCACCGACCCCCGCACCGAUGCCCAGGCCAUCAAGGAGGCUUCGUACGUCAACAUCCCCGUCAUCUCGCUCUGCGACUCCGACUCGCCCACCGAGUACGUCGAUGUUGCCAUCCCCACCAACAACAAGGGUCGUCACGCCAUCGGUCUCGUCUGGUGGAUGCUCGCCCGUGAGGUUCUCCGUCUCCGUGGCACCCUCCCCAGCCGUGAGGCCGAAUGGGAUGUCAUGACUGACUUGUACUUCUACCGCGACCCCGAAGCCGAGGAGAACAAGGACUCUGCUGGUCAGGAUGAGGCCAAGGUUCCCGGAGCCGACGAGGCUGGCCCCGCUGCCGUCGAGAGCGGUUUCGCCAACGACUGGGAGGUUAGCGGCGCCAACGCUGGUGCCUUCGCUGCCGCCUCUGGCACCGCCGGUGCUGCUGCCAACUCCAGCUGGGAUGCUGAGGGUGCUGACUGGGCUGCCUCCAGCGCUCCCGUCGAGACCGGUAACGCUGGUUGGGCCUCUGAGAACAACGCCGAGACCGCCCCUGAGACCACCUGGUAAAUGUCACAUUAUCGAGGGGGGCGAGAGCCGGUGGAGUGAGAUUCGUCGAUACAACCAAAAUGGGGGAUUUACAAUAAGCCCGACCGAAAGAUCAAAAAGUCCAUUUGUUACGAGGCCUUCCACUUCUCACCGUCGCUAUUCUUGCUCUACUCUAGAUCAAAGAGAACGGCGCUUAUGAGGGAAAGAUAUCCACUGGCCUUGCUGCCAGUGGGGGAAAGCCCUGUGCUGUCUCGAAGGGAUGUACUUGAACGUUGCCCUAUCUAGAUAGACAUUGCCACUAUAUGUUCGCCCG